GGCGGCGGGCGCUGCCUGCCGGGGCGGGCGGCAGCGGCGGCAGCGGCAGCAGCAGCGCGAGUGGCGGCCGGGGCUGCCCCGUCCCUGCCCGCCGCUCCCUUCAUGAGCCGCAGCUCGGGGCCCGGAGGAGCGGCGCGGCGGCGGCGGAGGGAGCCCGGCAGCGACUGAGCAUGGCCGAGCGGCGCGGGCCGGCGGGCGGCGGGGAAGUUGGCGGCGGCCGGUGCCGGCGGCUGCUGCCGGUGCCGCUGCUGCCGCUGCUGCUGCUGUGGGCGGCGGCGCUGCCGGCCGGGGGGCAGCCGCCCGCGUCGCAGUACAACGGCGAGCGGGGCAUCUCCAUCCCGGACCACGGGUACUGCCAGCCCAUCUCCAUCCCGCUGUGCACCGACAUCGCCUACAACCAGACCAUCAUGCCCAACCUGCUGGGCCACACCAACCAGGAGGACGCGGGGCUGGAGGUGCACCAGUUCUACCCGCUGGUCAAGGUGCAGUGCUCGGCCGAGCUCAAGUUCUUCCUCUGCUCCAUGUACGCGCCCGUCUGCACCGUGCUGGAGCAGGCCCUGCCGCCCUGCCGCUCCCUCUGCGAGCGCGCCCGCCAGGGCUGCGAGGCCCUCAUGAACAAGUUCGGCUUCCAGUGGCCCGACACGCUGCGCUGCGAGAAGUUCCCGGUGCACGGGGCCGGCGAGCUGUGCGUGGGGCAGAACGCCUCCGAGCGCGGUACCCCGACGCCCGCCUUGCACCCCGAGAGCUGGACCAGCAACCCCCAGCGCGGGGGCGGCGGGGCCGGGGGCUCGGGGCCCGGCGAGCCUCGCGGGCGCUUCUCCUGCCCACGGGCGCUGAAGGUGCCCUCUUACCUGAACUACCGCUUCCUGGGCGAGAAGGACUGUGGGGCGCCCUGCGAGCCCGGCCGCCUCUACGGGCUCAUGUACUUCGGGCCCGAGGAGCUGCGCUUCUCCCGCACCUGGAUCGGCAUCUGGUCGGUGCUCUGCUGCGCCUCCACCCUCUUCACCGUGCUCACCUACCUGGUGGACAUGAAGCGGUUCAGCUACCCCGAGCGGCCCAUCAUCUUCCUCUCGGGCUGCUACACGGCCGUGGCCGUGGCCUACAUCGCCGGCUUCCUGCUGGAGGAGAGGGUGGUCUGCAACGAGCGCUUCGCUGAGGACGGCUCCCGGACCGUGGCGCAGGGCACGAAGCGGGAGGGCUGCACCAUCCUCUUCAUGAUGCUCUACUUCUUCGGCAUGGCCAGCUCCAUCUGGUGGGUCAUCCUCUCCCUCACCUGGUUCCUGGCCGCCGGCAUGAAGUGGGGCCAUGAGGCCAUCGAGGCCAACUCCCAGUACUUCCACCUGGCCGCCUGGGCCGUGCCGGCCAUCAAGACCAUCACCAUCCUGGCCCUGGGGCAGGUGGACGGGGACGUGCUCAGCGGCGUCUGCUUUGUGGGCAUCAACAACGUGGACGCGCUGCGGGGCUUCGUGCUGGCCCCCCUGUUCGUCUACUUGUUCAUCGGCACCUCCUUCCUGCUGGCCGGCUUUGUGUCCCUCUUCAGGAUCCGGACCAUCAUGAAGCACGAUGGCACCAAGACGGAAAAGCUGGAGAAGCUCAUGGUGAGGAUAGGCAUCUUCAGCGUCCUCUACACGGUGCCGGCCACCAUCGUCAUUGCCUGCUAUUUUUACGAGCAAGCUUUUAGGGAACAGUGGGAAAGGAGCUGGGUCACGCAGAGCUGUAAGAGCUAUGCCAUCCCCUGUCCUAAUAACCACAGCAGCCAUCACCCACCCAUGAGCCCUGACUUCACCGUCUUCAUGAUCAAGUAUCUCAUGACCUUAAUCGUGGGCAUCACCUCGGGCUUCUGGAUCUGGUCGGGGAAAACGCUGAACUCCUGGAGGAAGUUCUACACCAGGCUCACCAACAGCAAGCAGGGCGAGACCACCGUCUGAGACCCCCGGCCGGGGGGCCGGGCGGGCGGAGGACCCGGGCUCUGCCCGCAGAGCACCCGCCGUGCCCCGGUACCGGCCGCACGCUCGCGCUUAUCCAGCCCCGGCAAACUUCAAACUUUGCAGACUGCUUGUUGUCCUGCAGGCGACGGGGAGCAGAGGAAAAAGUCAGGUUUUGUAAUGGCUUUGCUUGGAGUUUCAGUUGCAUGAACAGCAGGGCCUGGACUGAGGCGGCUGUGACUGCCUAGGGCGCCUCCCGACACGGGCUGGGUGCUGCUCCCAGCCUGCCAGAGGUAUGUGGAGGUGGAGGUGGGGUUGGGGAGGAGCGCCGCUUCCUGACGGCCUCCCUGCCCCACGGUGGGGACAGGGCAGCCAGGACAGCCACCCGGCCACGCCGCGGGGACAUGGCCACGCUGCGGGACCGCGCUUCGCCAUGCCUCGGCCGUCCCCAGCGAAGCCAAGCCCUGCGCGCCCGAGCCAGGCCCUUCUUUUGGAGGGGGGGGGGAAACAAUGGCCCGUCCUGCCCGAAGGUGUGUCCGGCCUUUUUUCAGAGGAGAGCAUCGCCGCGGUGCCCUGUACAAGGGGGGCUGGCUGCUGGCUUCCCUUUCUCGUUUUUUAAAUUUAUUUAAAUGCACCACAUAGUUGAAAAAGAGUUGGCAGGAUUUGUUUUGCUUUGGCCAGGAGUUGAGGUUUAACACUGUCUGCACCUGUAGCAUGUCGGAUGGCUUCAGAGGUGAAUGGGGAUGUAGAUACAACAAACUUCCUUUUUUAAAAAAAAUAUAUAUAUAUUUAAUUUUUUUAAACCCACCUAAUGAACUUUUUCUCGGUCAUAAAACCGAGAGGUGUCCGCUCUGGGUUCUCCUGUAGAAAUGAGAUUAUUGGCCUUGUCCGUCACGAGGUGCAUAGUCCUUGGAGGAAAAAACUAAAGCCUAACUGCAAAUCUGAACCCGGGAGUCAGUUGCAGCUCCUGCUGUCAUCACGGGGCAGCUUGUGCAUGUUCACAUUCUUCUGGUAACAAAAAUGUUGAGGGAGAACUACCUGGAACGCCUUGCUGCCCUGCUGGUGUUUACUGAGGUUAGCAGAGGGUUCAGUGCAAACAGGAUCAGGAAAUAUGAGCUCAGUAAAGAGAGCAUCAGAAUAAAAUGCAGCAUUCAGAUUUUUUUUUUAAUUAAAUCCAUAAGCUGUCUCUUCAUUUUGGAAGCAUUUAAGCCAUUGCCAUUCCCCUGAAUUUUAAUUCAUUGACAUUUAAUUCAUUACACAUUAUGAGGGUGUGAUGAUUUUUUUCAGUAGUGAAAACAAAGGAAGGGAAAACAGAAAACCAGAAUGUCUAAGCACUCUGGUGGGAUGUUAGUCCUUAAAGAGCCUCUGCUGUCUUUUUUUUUUUUUUUUUUUUUUUGAGUGCAGUAAUAACAUCACAUACUACAAAGAUUUGGUAUCAUGUGUGCAGUGUAUCUACUGCCUUGUAUUCUCCUGGGUGUGUGGGAUUGUGCUUCUUGUUACAAAAGAAAAAAAAAAAGGUUAAAAAUGAAAUGUAACUUUCAACAGAUGCAUUUGAAUAUUUAGUCCUCUGUAUGAAAACCAGCAGAAUGCUUCUCUCCUGAUUGUAUUGUUUUAAACUUUUUAUAUUACAAAUGCCUGUAUUUAGGUUCAUAAACAUUAUCUAUGGCUACCAUACCCUGAAAUGCAAAAUUAUUUGAAUUUGGUAUGCAUUUAUUUCUGUUCAUUAUCACAAGAUCAUCUAUAUUUAUAGAGGAAUAGAAAUUUAUAUAUUAAAUACCAUAUUUUUAAUUUCUCUGAAAUAAAUUGAGGUUUUGUACAAAA